AGCAACUGUUAACCUUGAAUACUACAUAGACUUUCUGCCUGGGAUUGUUUGGGGAUAAUAUAUGAGAAGGAGUAUCUCGGGGUCAGACUCUUGCUGUAGAUGCACACAUGUAGUUUGCUUUUAUAUUUUAGAUUAAUUAGGAUAAUUAUCACCCCAUUAAAGGACAAAUAUGGAUGUAGAAGAACUUGAAAAACUUGCUACAGCCAACCAUAAUGAGUUCGACAGACAGUGGAAUGACCAUAACAGAAACUGGGAGAAACUUGUUGAAAAUUUCUACACAACUGAUGCUGUAAUUUACCCCCCAGGCAGUCCACCAGUGACUGGAUUACAAGAUAUUGCCAGAUUUUUCACAUCUAUUCCCUCUAAACUUCACCUACAUAACAGUCUAAAGGAAGUCAGGAGGAUAGGAGAAGACUCAUACUUUUCCAUAUUCACGCUUCAAGUAACAAUUGAUGACAAAGAAGUUGACAGAUUCUCAACUUGCCACAUAUGGACCAAUGUGAAUGGAGUGUGGAAAAUGUUGCAUGAUUUCUGGAACAGUGAUUAUGAGAAAGUGAAUUAUUAGAAUUGAAGAUUACAGGAUACUCAAGUGUUAUGCAUUUUUUAAAACAUUUAUUCGCCCUGGUGGCCAUGGUCACCACAAGUGCACAACAUAAAUUUUCAUAUUUAUUUAGUUUAAUGAAAUGAAUAAAUUGACUUAUAUCACUUAUUGAGAUAUAAAUUACAGUUCAUAAAUUUAACUGAAACAUUUCUUGUUGAGACAUUGAUGUGUAUAUUUAUUGAAAC